AUGGCCACUACUCUUUCCCUAUUCUGGAAUUUGUCAUCAGCAUCGAAAAAAGAACGUAUCAAUGCAACAGUCAAGCUUGUUAAUUCCCUUGAGAAGUUUCAGGGACAACACACUCCCAAACCUGAGGUUUCGCCAGGCUCCGAGGAUGAUGAGGAAAACGUUGGUCCAACGGAUGGCCUAGAUGUCUUGAAUGCGCAUGAUGUCGCGUACUCCAUACGGCGGCUUAUACGAGGACUUGCGAGUCCUCGGGAAAGUAGUCGGCUCGGCUUCAGCGUUGCGCUCACCGAGUUACUUUCUCGGCUGGACACUGUCACAUCUGCUCAAAUCAUCUCAAUGAUCGUUGAUGGAUCGAAAAUUCAAGGGUCUAUGACUGGUCAAGAAGAACGUGAUGUCUUAUUUGCUCGCCUCUUUGGACUUGCCACUGUCAUUCACUCUGGGCUCCUUGUACGGCAGACCCCGUUGUCGACAUCUCCUUCGUCUGCCACAAAUUCGUCGAGUCUUGAGAGUUACAAGGAGCUUGUCAGCCAUCUUCUUGUUCUCGCUGAGAAGAAGUCCUGGCUACGAGAAUGUGCUUGGUGGACCAUCGGGGAGGCUAUUGAUGCUGUCAUAAAGUCUUCCGUUUCUUGGAAAGAGGAAGCUCUAGCUUCUACGCUCGAAGUUGUGUACGAGCGUGAAAAGGACAUUUGGACACCAGAAACGGUCGCCAUAACGUUAAAAUUACAGCCUGCAAUGCCCAAGCAUGACUGGAAAAGCACUCUAACGCCGACAUUCAAAGAUUCGGCCAUUUUGGCUCCCGCUAACUUUUCGUCCCUUGGGCAUAUAUUGAAGGAAACUCCUGGCGAGGAUGAGUGGCAACAGAGUAAUACGGGGACAUGGAAAGCUCAGUUGCAUUACGUAUGGAAUAUCAUUUUCGACAACUUUCUCCCUGAGAGCGAGCCAGGAUGUCGCCGUAAUGCAUUAUUUCAAGAGUUCUUCCGAGUGGUGGUCGACGAGACAUUGUUCGGGGUGUCAUCUUCUCCUGAACGGAAGUUCUGGGGGUUCCUUGUCUUCAAAAAAGCUUUACGCCGUGUGGAUAGUACCGAUCUUCCUAUGCUUUUCACCAAAAAUUUCAUGCGGUCUUGGAUCAAUCAUCUUUCUCACAAAGACCGUCACCUUCACAAAAUUUCCCUGGAUGUGGUCAAAGACAUCCAAAACCUCGUCCAGCAGAAUCCUGAGCUUGGUUACACGUUGAUUCUGCAGCUAACUGGGAUUCAUGGGAGCCAACAGUUUGAUAAACUGACUAGAACGAAGACCAUAGAAUCAAUAUUGUCGAGGAUGGACAGCGAUGGCAUCAUGAAGUACAUCCAAAGUUUACUCGAACAAAUAGAUGAGUCUAACAAUGACGCUAUUGCAGAAGAAGCUAAAAAAAAUUGGAUCGCAGACCAGUUCACGGCCCUCGUUCGCAACGGUGCCAUCCCAAAACGUGAAGACUGGAUUCAGCUCAUUCUCAAUUGGUUUACUGUGCAGGGGUUAUACUUGGUCAAGAGAAAGUCUACCAAGGGGCUCCUUGCUGCGCUCCAUGUCACCCCCUCUAGUCUUGCUUCUGAGGAUUUCCGGCGGAUUUGUCGCGGCAAACUUCUUGGUUGCCUCGCUGAUUUAACUCCAUCCACCGUAUCGCAGAAAGGUGACAAGGCGCCAAAGGAGGGGGCAAUUGAUGAUGAAUCCUGGAUAUCGAAAGUUUUCACUGUGGUCAAUCAUCUGGACAAGGACAGCAAGCACGUCACGUCUCUAUCGGAGCCAAGUCAGGAGGAGCAACUGCUACUUCAACAAGCUCAUAAGACAAUAGAUCAUCUCAAGCAGGUUGAUGGUGACGUGAGAGUGGCAGCUAGAGGAGUAGAGCUUCUCCUGUCAGCCUCUUUGCUUCAUCGUCGCUGCGCCAACUUAGACGAUGAUGAGGUUGAUGCGGGGAUACUUGAGGCGAUCGUCGCGAUUCAGACUUGUAUUGCUGCUGCCGCAACCAUGUUUUCUACUGACAACAAAUCCAAAAAUCGCAGAAAAUCGCAUACCAUUUCACAACCAGACUCCGACUUUCCCAAACCGAUAGACAUGCUGGUUGAUGUACUCAUUGGUUUUCUUGAAAAGUCUACGUCUUACCUCCGUGCAAUGGCCAACAAGACCUUCUUAUGUAUCGCUAGCGCAGCCACAGAAACUACAAUAGAUCUCAUCGUUGCCCAAUUGGAGCGCCGCAACCCAGCCGAUCUGGUCGCUGAUGAAGAAGACGAGACAGAGAGCACAACAAGUGAAGACGAGGAGGAGGAUGCUGAAUGUUCCGACGAAGACAAUGAGUCCGAUUUCGAUGAUGGUAACGAAGCUGCUCUCGAACUGCGGAUGAAAAUUGAGGACGCACUCAAAGCAAAUGGCGCCGAGGCUGCCAUUGGGGAUACCGAUGAGGAGUCUGAGGAGGAACUAGUAGAUGACGAGCAAAUGAUGGCCAUUGAUGAACACCUCGCAGAAGUCUUCCGCUCCAGAUCUAGUGACAACAAACAAAAUAAAAAUGUCAAUGCACAGCGAGAAGCUACUCACUUCAAGAAUAGAGUCUUGGACUUGGUCGACAUUUUUACGAGGAAGAUGCCCCAGAGUCCUCAUAACCUGCGUCUAGUGUUGCCGUUGAUCGAACUCACUACUAAGAGCGGUAAUGACGAGCGCCAGCUAUCUGACAAAGCUCGUGGCAUCCUCAACAACAGGCUCGCAAAGCUCAAAGAUCCACUCCAGGAGGUAGAUCGAGAAUAUGCAGAGACUAUACUGGAUGAGCUGCAUAUCAAAGCUCGUAAGGCGCAUUCAUCAGAUGCGCUCGUGACCCUCAGUCACUGCAGUCUUUUCAUUUGCAGGGUAUUAACGAACGUCGGCUGCGAGACAUCUGUUCUUCGGUUGUACAGGGAGUCGAUAGCAGACUUCAUGACCCGCAAGGCUUCCUCGUUGAAUAUUACAUUUUUCAAAGAUUUCAUCACUCGUUAUCCGGCAUUAGGAUGGCGCCUCCGCGAUGACGUACUGGAUACGUCUCCAAAAGCCAUCAAUGCAUAUAGGAAAUGCCAGGCUUUCCAGCUGCUUAACACAAUUCUUACUCUAUCGACCUCGGCGGGUGACUCACAGGAUGUCUUAUCUUUCAUUCUGAAACUCCACACAAGUGUUCUCCACUUUAUCGAUUCAGCAUGCGAUGAUCAAGUCUCUCUCUCGGCCGCACAAAUCAAAGACCUUUUCAAACUAGCCAUGCUUGGCGUUCGUCAAGCAAGCAAGGUCGAUAGCAACAAUCAAAACGUGUGGGACUCAGGGGCUUGGCGCACCCUGCAUGGACGGCUUAUCGCUUCGAAGCGGUUCGGUUCGUCGACAGCUAUUCUCAAACUGUGCUCUCAAGUGGAAUCGGCUUUACAAGCCCAACACGGCGGACAACAUAAUUUGAUGGCAUCAAAAAGGAAGGCUGAGGAAGUAGAAGCUGAAGGUGUCCCAUCCGAUGCUAAGCGGAAGAAAAAGAAGAGUGUCCCCACUAGCUAA